AUGACGCGAAUUUCAAGGGAUACGCAAAUAUACACCGACGGCUCUACACAAGAAGACGGAGUAGGCAGCGCCUUUGCACACUAUGACAAAGGAAGAAUCAUCCAUGUAUGGAAAGGACGCCUUGACUUAAACAACAUUGUGUUCCAGGCGGAGUUGCAAGCAAUUAUAACGGCGGUAGAUUACAUUUUCAAUAAUAAUAUAGAACGGGCGAAAAUUUUCACAGACAGUAUGUCAACACUUCUAGCACUAGAUAAUCACAACCACACCUCGACCUUGAUCAUCAACUUACAUCAAAGUUUGCAGCGCAACCCGCAGAAACAUCUCUCCUUAACAUGGAUUAAGGCACAUGCAGAAAGUGAGGGGAAUGAAGCAUCUUAUAGCUUGCCAAGCCAGCAGCCACUGAUCCAGAAGCUGAAAAAAAUCACAAUCCGAGGCCCUCCUUCCUACCUCAAAGGGGUAUUACAGGUUCAAGGCCUAAACCUUUGGAAGGAAGACUGGACGCACUGCACAACUGGAAGACGUACAUACAGCUACCUCCCGAAAGUCGGCACUGAACGCAACAUUGCAAAAGCUCCUCUUACGGCUUAUAUUACGGGACAGGCCCAUUCCCGACCUACUUCAAUAGACAUAGCAUAA